GUUUGGGCGAUGGUAUUUUUCCUACAUUUUUCAUCGUUUGUAUAGCUUUGAACCUUCAUAUAAUAUUUUUAAACGAAUGUAGUAAUGGUUAUAGUCUUGAAAAAUAUUAUUUUGUAAUUGCAUUUUCUUUUGCCCUUUUGCUCUCUUCCCUUCCUAUAACCGCUAAUAUGUAUGGCUAUGAUGGUCCUGAAGGUCAUUGUUGGUAUCGUGAUUCGGGCCAAAAACAUAAUAUAAUAUGGCAAUGGGUUACUUUUUACGGGUGGAUAGAUGCAUCCAUAUUGUACUGUGCGGUUGUUGUUAUUAUGGUCAUUAGAAAACUCAGAUCUGCGACAAAGAAUAUUGAUGCUUUGAAUUCUUCGAUUUCUCAGUUAUCUGCCCAUCCUAGCUUAAUUAAUAAGACAGUGGUUUCUUCGGUUGUCAGAAGGAUCGUGUGGUAUCCUGUAGUGCCAUUUGUAGCCCAAUUUUUUAGCUCUUUCGUUGAAACGUACGCCUAUAUUAAUCGUGUGAUCUCUUAUCCCUCUACUUUUACUUUGCUUCGAUUACUGAAUGCUUUGGUAUUUUCUCAGGACAUUGCUGUUAUUCAUGCUUUCCAGGUUAUUAAACUACAAUUAUGGAUCACCAAUGUUAACUCUUAUGAGUGUCAUUAUCCUCAUCGAUCUCACAACAAGUCCGUUACAGAUGAGUUCAGCAUGCUAGGAAAAUCCAAUGAAUUUAGUUUAUCUCGAUUAAUUUCAUCUGAAAUUUUAUCAAUCAAUUUUUUUAAUGGCAAUAAGCCUAAUACCUUUUCUUUUCUGGUUGGAAAAGAUUAUUUCAAGCAGGAUAUAUCUCUUAACAAUCAAAAUGAUGAUCAAGAUAUUCAUUUAGCUCACCCAGAGCCUGUUUAUUUAAAAGGCUCUUCUCAAUAUUCCCCAUUAGAUUUAUCAUCUCAUUAUUUAAAUCUGUCAACUUCAUCUGAUCUUUUGAUAGUUGGCGAUGAUGAAGGACGAAUUGAUGUUGUUAAUGAUGAACCAACAAAAAGAAGAUCAGAGGAACUUGCAAAAAGAUUUAGUUCAAACACCGAUUUACCUCAGGAAAUUGAAAUGUUAGAAUUAAUAUUGAAAUGGCUAUAA